AAGCCGGCUGCUGUCUGGGCUUGGUGGGCGGGGCGGUCGACCUCUCAGGGGUAUCCCGCCGCCUCGGGCUCUGUCUCUCAGAUCUACCAGUGGGCACGGCUGCUGAGCGUGCGAAGUCGUUGUUUUUCCAAGUAGCUCUCUUCCAAGCUCAGUGGUCAGCAUGGCCCGUGGAAAUCAACGAGAACUUGCCCGCCAGAAAAACUUGAAGAAAUCGCAGGAAAUUAGUAAGGGAAAAAGAAAAGAGGAUAGCUUGACUACUUCUCAGAGAAAACAGAGGGACUCUGAGAUCAUGCAACAAAAGCAGAAGGCAGCCAAUGAGAAGAAGUCUAUGCAGACAAGAGAAAAAUGAUGACUAUUUGGAACACUUGGGUGCUACUGCUAACUAGGUGUAUCAUAAGCUCCAUGAUCAAUAUUUUGUAGAGUGAACAGUCAGUACAUAUGUUAUAUCCUUAUGAAAAUAUUCUAAACUUUACCUUUCAGCCUUAGUGUGAUGUUUCAGAAACAUUCUUCAAAGAAUAAAACACUAACCAUGCAUGUGA